GCAAGUGUAACUGGAUUGAAAAAAUGCUUUCGUUGAAAUUAUUUAUAGUGAAUGUUUUACUAAUGCCACGUGUAGUAAGUGCGUUCCCAAAUGUGAAACUACUAGUGGAUUACCUAAACUGGCAGAAGUUAAGGGUCGUUAAUGUUUUUCAUUGUUUGCAACAAAAUGAUGAUAUUUUCGGUUUUCCUAAACAGUUACAAGAUUUAUACAAGAAUCAACUUCACUACCACGACAUCUCAAAUUUCACGGAAGCCUGGAGUCAUCAUCAUACUAUGAGACAAGAGUACCAAAAAAUUGGAAUCAUGGUCGAUUUGAGUUGUUCCCACAUUGAACCGUUUUUCAAGCUGAUGUCCAAUCAGGAAUAUUUUAAUGCCUCUUUCCAUUGGUUGAUGGUUGAACAUGAAUCUUUGGCAAAUGCUAGCUGUCUGUUGGAUGGGCAGAAUUUGAAAGUGGAUGCCAAAAUAACACUGGUGGUUAGCGAUGAAUUUGACCAAGAACUGUUGAAUGUUUAUGAUGUGUUCAGCGUGAUGAGAUCGCGUGGAUCCCCCCUUAAUGUAACAUUCUAUGGUAAUUGGACCUUGGAACAGGGGUUUCGAUUUCAUACCGCCCAGUCGGAAUACGAGCGUAGGUUUGAUUUCGGUGGAAUGUGGUUGAAGGGAGCGGUGCAGGAUCUAAACCAAGUUAAUCACACCAGUAUACUGGAACAUUUGACAAGCCGAAAAACAAUUACACAAUAUGCGAUGCAUCGUUUCGGAUACGUUAUGUGGGAAUUAGUAAUGCGGAAACAUAAUUUUACUAUGAAGAUUAUUCGAACUUCCUCGUGGGGAAUAACGAACACCGAUGGUCGAUCACAUAUGGGGAUGAUCGGUCAAAUAGCAUCCGGAGAUGUUGAUGCUUGCAUCAAUUUACUGACCUAUAAAACCGAACGAAUUGGGAGUUUCGAUUUCACCGUUACCGUGGGAUUUUCUAAACGUCCUUUCGUGUUUCGUCAUCCCCGUUUCGGUCAAAAUCGAAAUGUAUUUUUGCAACCAUUUGCCAUGGACCUUUGGGUCGCACUUCUGAUCAUAGGACUUGCAUCGGCAACACUUCUCUAUUGCAACUGUUGCGGUGAAAGUCUGCAAUUUCCCUCGGAUCAGGAGAUUCGUAAUAAUCGUUCAUUGUCGCUUUUGAACAUUUUUGCCAUUGCUUGUCAACAAGGUUUCAGUACCAAUGCCACGGCUAUUUCUACAAGAAUCCACCUGCUCUGUAUGUUGGUAUUUUCUUUCAUGGUGUUCCAAUUUUAUUCAGCCUUCAUUGUGGGUUACCUUCUGAUUGCCCCACCAAAAUUCAUGAAUACUCUUCAACACCUUCUGGACAGCAACUUGAAAAUUCUGGUGGAAGACAUCGUUUACAACACCGACUAUUUGAACCGAACUAAAGAUCCACUUACCAUCGAACUGUAUCAGAAGCGAAUUCUCAACGGAGAGCGAAACUUCCUGAACGUGAGUGAAGGAAUAGCUCGCGUUCGAAAGGGUGGCAGUGCGUUUCUCUUCGAUACAUCGUACGGCUACCCAAUGGUUAUGGAUAGCUUUUCGGACAUAGAAAUCUGUGACCUACAGGAGAUCUAUCUUUACGCGCUCCGACCACUGGAUCUGCCGCUGGCCAAGGGAAGCCCAUUCAAGGAGAUGUUCCGGAUAACGUUGCGCAAGGUGAUGGAAUCUUCGGUGGGCCAGUAUGAGCGACGGUUUUUCUACUGCGAAAAGCCACAGUGUGCUACCAGCGAUAUGGACGUUAUGCCCGUGGCCUUGGAGCAUGUCAAAUCGCUGUUUGUUGUUAUAACCUUUUCUCUCAUCAUAAGUGGUUUGCUCUUGCUUUUCGAAAUUGGUUACUCAACGGUGAAGAAGCGAUUGAGAAGAAACCCGCUGGAAAUACAAUUGCAGUAUAAAUUGAAGAAAUUCACAUAAUAGAAAAUCGAAAUGUCGGUAA